AUGAUUCUCAACACCAUCAUCAUUGUUGGAACCUUGGCCAUCCUAUCCCAGGCCAUGAGGUUCCGAUCUGCUGCUGCUGCAGCAGCCCCACAAGGAGCGGACGCGACUGCUACCGAAGAGCUCGAUAGACCAGUCGAGCUGAGCUCCGACCAGCCGUUGAGUACGGAAUACGAACCCAAUUACCAGAACAUCGAUAUAAGCGCUACAUGGGACAAGGAUAAGCCCGUCCUAGAGCCUCAAGGCGGCGACUUCGGCUCCCUCUCCAACUCGGUGAAUCAGCCUCGUGAGCUGAAACCAACCGAGCCGAAGUUCCACUCAUACAAACCCGAAUGGGACGAAAAACAGUAG